UGACGUCGUCCGCGGAGGGAUCCCAGCUUGUCAGAACCAUGGUCAGAGCGUUGAGAGGCAGUGAACAGCAGAGGUCUAACGUUAGCUCAGCAGCACACUAGGACAGAGAGACAUUCAACAGAGAAGACGUUUUGCGGUGAACAUUUCUGAAAGCAAAUGUUAACUUUCGGAUAGUACAGUUUGCUAGACUGUCUAGCGUUUCGGGGGGCUAGCUUUCAGUUGACUCACUGGUGUUCUGCGGUGGAAAUAGCAAAAAUGUCGUCUCCAAGUCCGGGUAAAAGGCGAAUGGAUACCGAUGUGGUGAAACUCAUCGAGAGCAAACAUGAAGUCACCAUCCUCAGCGGACUCAAUGAAUUUGUAGUGAAGUUUUUCGGACCACAAGGAACGCCGUACGAGGGAGGCGUGUGGAAGGUGCGAGUAGAUCUUCCUGACAAAUACCCUUUCAAAUCGCCAUCAAUAGGAUUCAUGAACAAGAUUUUUCAUCCCAACAUUGAUGAAGCGUCAGGAACAGUGUGCUUAGAUGUCAUCAACCAGACAUGGACAGCCCUUUAUGAUCUGACCAACAUCUUUGAGUCGUUCCUGCCGCAGCUGCUGGCUUACCCAAACCCCAUCGACCCUUUGAAUGGAGACGCAGCUGCCAUGUACCUUCACCGGCCAGAGGAGUACAAGCAGAAAAUCAAAGAGUACAUCCAGAAAUAUGCAACAGAGGAGGCUCUGAAGGAGCAGGAGGAGGGGGCUGGUGACUCUUCAUCUGAAAGCUCCAUGUCUGAUUUCUCAGAAGACGAGGCCCAGGACAUGGAGUUGUAGUGAAAGGAGGGCUCCCCCAUCCCGCCCCCUCCUUUAACCCCCACAGAGACUAUAUUUGAUUUCCUAACCAUGAGAAAGCAGACUUAUAAUAUUCAUAUUUAAACAAGUUGAUUUUUUUAUUAUUAUUAUUAUUACUACUAAACAAGGAUUUUUAUGGAUAUCUAGCCUUUGGUGUGUUUGACAGACACCCCUCCCAUUCUGUAGCUGUUUCUCCCCACACAGAUGUCGCGAUUGCUUUCAUAUUCUCUCCCUGUCAUCUCUGCAUUUUUAAAAGUGUGUCAUGUAGUCAUAGCCAGAAAAAAAUCCCCCCCUCCCCUCCCCUCCCGUGAACUGCUCAUUUUUUUUCAAAUUUCACUUUUUAAAAUAUAACUUUCGAGUUUGACCUGAAUUCUAUUUUUUUUGUCUUUUUUCCAUGAUACCAAUUGAUUCUGACCAAUGAUUUUUUUUUAUAGCUCCACUAUAGAGCUGCUUGAGUCUUGCUUGCCUGGGUGCACAGCUCUCAAAUAUCAUCCUGUAGUCAAGACAGUAUUUAUUAAGAUGCACAAAGACAGACGCUAUCUGAUUAUACUUAACAUUAAAAUUAAAAAAAGUGUAGUGCCAAUAGACAGACUAAAUUCUGCCUAAGCAUAUCUUUUUCAACAUAUUGAUUGAGGCAUGUCGGUAAAAAAACAACCUUUCUUUCUCUUUCAGUUCGGAUGCUAUCUUGGCUGUUACUGAACUUUUUGUUACUCUUUGUCGACCUGCUGCAGCUGCCUGUCAAUGUGUGCCGCUGUGCAGUACAAGAUAAAUACUGAACAAGGGUCAAGCCUUAGGGAAAACAUAUAUAUAUACACAUGUCUUAUUAAGGAGUGAGUGACAAUGUGGUGAAAAAGACAUAUGUCGGGUGCUAUGAGUGUUGAUCUGUUGGGACGUACACUAGUUGCAUAGACUGUACUGAGGAGAUGUGCACUAAGGCAAUGAAGAUGGCUCCAUUAUGAGGCAUUUGUGGAGAUUCUGGUCAGACUCAGUUGGUAUUAUGGGAACUGAAAAUAGACCAGAGCUACUCUUUAACCAUCUGACCAUAUGGAUUUAAUAAUUCAUGCAGCUUACACUGGUUUUUCUGUCAGGAGGCACCUUGAAACACAGGUACCGAACAGUCUCAUUUAGCAGGAUGCCACUAUGUUACAAUCAUCUAUACUCCUGCUAUUAAACAAAAAAAUGUAUCCUCAUUAUUAACAACCCUCCUGGCAGAGUGUUGACAUCACCUAUUCAGGUGAAUUUAGGAAACCAGUGCCAAACUCUGUUUUACUUUUAGUGAAAAGAAAUAAACACAGUCAUAUGGUUAUUGAGUGGAUCUGAGUGAGAAUGAAGAGUGAUAUGUGGAGCUAGAUUCAGGUUAGUGUUGUAUCGGUCCUCCUUACAUUCCGCUGUUACCUGGAGUUCACUCCAAUGCAUGCCCCUUCAUAUUGGUCUGACCUGUGGUAUUUACACCAACUGCAUCGACUGGACUCUGCCUACCAGAAUUGCUAUUUGGAUUACUAGUUUGAAGAUUACGAAAUAGGACCCGAUAUAUGACAUUUAGGCUUGUAGCAAUUUUUAUUGAGGGGAAUUAAUUUGCCAUUGAUUUCAUAUGUACAGAUUUGACUUCUUAAAAAAAAAAAAACAACCUCUGGUGUCAUUCAUCGUUGAUUCAAUGUGGCAGGUGAAGAUGUAAAUCCACGAUGAGUGGAAAGAGAUUGCAAUCGCAGCUUUUUUUUUUUUUUUGACUGUUUUGCCUACUUUAUUUCUUGUAUUUCUCACUUUUUGCCCGAUGGGGGGGUCAACACGUUUGGAUUUUUUUUUUUAAUUUUAUUUUUUUGUGUACAGCAUCUACCUUGUACAGUGAUAAAGACACCUCUCUGUAGCCUCAUGAAAAGUCAGUGUUGAACCCGAAACACUGAGCGAGUGUUGCUUUGUCGAGGCGAAUAUGGCAGUCAAACUACCUAGACAACCUUGAAAUGUAUUCACUUCAGAGAUUGCAGUAAAAAAAAAAAAAAUCACUGGUUGCUUUGUGGCAGAUUGUGGAUUCCCAAAAGGGAGAUUCACAGCUGAAUCAUAGUGGGGGAACCACCUUUUCACCUCUGAUCUCAACUCCCCCCUCCCCCCUCUCUUCUGUGCCUCAUCACAAAAGGAAGAUGACCAUUGAGGAAGUCCCCUAAAACCAUGUUUCCAAAAAAAAGCCAUGAAGGUGGAAGAAUAACUAGAAAAGCACAUUUUUACUCACCAUACUUUUCUUCACCUCUUCCUGCAAUUUGAUCCCGUAUUACAUUUGUGAUUUCACAUCCAAAUUUUCACUCUGUUGCAGAGUAAGGGGAAUUACCCAGGGCUGAGUGGCAUUGGGUUUCUUUGAGCUAAUGUAGGGUUGUUAGACUUUUAUGGCUCAGGUUUGAAAUACAUGAGUUUGGUUGUAUCUUGCAUAGUGAUUAACAUUUUGCACCCAAAAAGGUAUUGAAAGGAUGGAAAUCAUGCUAAUAUUUGUUGAACUGUGUUUUUGACAUGUCAGGAUAGUUAGUUUUGCUGGGUGGUGACUUCAACUAAACAACAUAUGCUAUAUGGCUGUAUUACAGAUAGACUUAGCUAGUUUGGUAUACUUACCUGAUAAAGCAUUCAUUGCUCAUCUGACUUUUAGUUAGUGUCUGUUGUGUGAUAAUAUGUAAGAUACUCCAUAGACAUGCCUACUUGUCCUCCUCCUGCAGAUUCAGAGUUGUACAGAUGAGUGUGAGUGAUUUCAAACUAGGGUGACGUUUGACUUGUAGAGAGCCUGAUAGAUCUAACUGUACAGAAAUCAAAAGUGUGGUUCAGCCCUUGACAAGAGAUUGGAUUUUCUACAAAGGCCAUGAUUUCAAACACAAUUCUGUGCCCAUAAUUAUCACCACGUUUGAAUUCAGAUUUAAAACCGAGACACGUCCUUGGUUUGUUUUUAAUUUCCAAUGUUUAUCGGAAGAGUUUGACUGUUUAAAGCUAUGAGAUAAUAAUUUCUCUCUCAUCCAGCUCGGGGGAAGUUUCAGAUGUUAGCUCGGGGUUAGCUUCCAGCAGAAUGCAGCCAUUUUUAAUUGGAGCAGAGUUAACUUGUGUGAUAUUUGACAUGUUCUAGGCAGUAUAAAGCUAUGUGAAUGUUUUACAUGUGUUCGGAGUGGCUGUGGUGAAGUUUGUGAUCCACAUCCAAUCAAACAGAACAAACUUGCAAAGCUGAAUACAGAUUCCCUGUCUCACACUUGAGUUUUCUCCCUAAGCUGCCUAUAAAUGUGUAUUUAUUCCUUAAAGAGACCUCUUUUUUUUUUUUCUUUUUGUUUGUUUUUAAUCUUAAUCAUCAAGCACCACUGUUGUAAGUUAUGGUUCAGAUAAAUAAUCACACUGAGGAGAACUUUUUGUUUUAAGUAAUCCAGAUUGGAAUAAUUGUUUUACUUUACAUCUGUGCAGUAUUGUACUUGAGUGCUGAAAAUACAGUAUAUAUCCCAGUUGAGAAUUUUAAUUUUUAAAAAAAAGCACAUUAUGAUGCAGUGGUGCAACAGGGAACUAAUGAUAUUUUUUGUCUUUUUUAAAAACACGACUCUUGUGUUAGGUGAAAAUCAUAGGUUUGGUUUUCAGCAUUGUGCAUCUGCUGGGCAAUAAAUUGAUGAUAUACUCAGCUGUGGCCUGGUGUUGCUAUGGUAAACAUGACAACCAUCUGAUCUUUUCACUGGCCUCCUUUGUUCUUUUGUUACUCCCCAGACUUACUUCUUCAAUGUCAAGAGGAAUAAUUACUGCCUUUGUGUUUCAGAUUGUCUCUUAACUCGAGUCAAGAAAUAUCCUCAAACCAGUAAAUGAUAAUUCUUCCCAUUGCAACUUGAAUUAUUUUUGAAAAAGUAUGGAAAUACCUGUUUGUUGUGCUUUUUAUUUAAUUUCCUUUUGGCUUUUCCCCCUCCUCCUCUUCUGCUAUACAACCACAGCGUUACAGAUAAUGUCUUAACUAUCCAGAGUUUUAAACAGUGACUCCAAACAAUUAGAUUUCACACGAUGGGACUGAUGAGUCCCCGCAUUUCUAACUGCAGACCUGCAGAAAAAGUCCAGUCCAGAGCCAUAGCCCUCCAACCGUACACGCACAGUCCCCCCACCUCACCCCCCCACACCCUGCCGGACACAAUAAGGAUGAAGGGCCUCAGCGAAGUGAAUGGACUGGCCUAUCAUUAAUCCUUAGACAGGACAUCCAGGGCUCAUUCCCCAUUUAUGAGCACAGCUGCAAAGAGCCAGCACCCUGAUCCUGUAAUACCACCCCCCCCCCCCCCCCCCCCCACCCCGUGUGUUUACCGUGUCUUCUCGUGCACUUGCAUGCUUCUGGUGUGGAGUUGAGGCUCGCUUGGUGCACACCAUCCCAUUCUGUCUUGUGCUUGUGUGGAUUUGUGCCCUGUGCUGGCCUACUGCUGCCAUCAGGGGAUUCAGCAGGCACACACAGCAUGGAAAAUAGCAGUUUUUUAAAUAAAAAAAAAAACAAUGUAUUUGGUACCUAGUGUGUGAUACUUGAGGGUUAAGAAGUCAAAAGGUUUUUUGUUUUGUUUUCAAAAGUCCAUCCUUGGUCUUAUUUUCUUCGCCCUCACUUUGCCCUCCUUCUCUUGUUUUUUUCUUUGCAUUGUGAAGUGGGCAUGCUUGUCAAAAAGACAAAUGCUCUCUAUUAAUAGGCUUAUAACCUCAUAAAUAGUUGUGUAUAAAAUAAACUGUUAUAACUUCUCUUUUUUAAUAAAACAUUCAAUGUGUAUAAA